GUUUAGUGACUAAACUUUAGUCGUACAGUUACUGUGAUAAGAGAAAGUUGUGUGGUGUCUUUAGUUAUUGAUUUAAUUAUUAAACAUAAAAAUGGCAACUGAUGAGACUUCUUGGAGAACACAAAGUUUUCGACAAAGUGUAAUUGCAAAAAUAGAUGAAGCUGUACAAAUAUCUGGUAUGCCCACUGCAAAAAACAGUAUUGAAAUGGAAAAUCAUGUUUUCCAGAAAGCAAAAACCAAGGAAGAAUAUCUAGGUUUUGUGGCCAGACUAAUUCUACAUGUCAGAGAAUUAAACUCUAAAAAAGGCACAGGAGGUAAUGCCCCAGGUACAGCUGGUUCUGGAAAUCAGGUAAUGCCUGAUCCAAUUGGGGCAUUACAAACAUUAGCACGUCAAGGUACUGGGAAUAAUCAGAUGAUGAACAUGAGUGGGCCAGGAUCUAAUCCUCAAGGAAUAAUUCCACAACCACCUACAAAUACUGCUACUAAUUUAUUACAAAGUUUGAAUCAACGUCCUGGACAACCUAUGACCAUGCAAAGCAUGCAAAAUAAAAUACCAGGUAUGGGCAUGAUGCCUGCUCAAACCAGUGGACCAAUGAAUCAUAUGGGUCCAAUGCAAACUAUGCAAACCAAUUCAAUGCUGACACAAAUGAAUCCAAUGGGGCAAGGAAACAUACCUCAACAAAUGAAUCAAAUGGUUCCCAAUCAAAUGGCACAAAUUACUACUGGUCAAAUGCAGCAAAACAUGCAAACUCAAAUGCAAAACCAGUUAUCUAAUCAAAUAGGUAAUCAAAUUAGUGGAUCUAUAAGUGGAAUUCAGACAAGUAUGCCACAACAAAUGAAUCAAAUUGCUCCAGGACAAUUAGGUCCUGGUCAAAUGCAACAGCAAUUAAGUCAUAUGCAAAGAAAGCAAGGUGAAAUGAUAAAUGCUGGCUUUCCUGGUCCUCGAAAUGUUACACCAAAUCAAUUUUUAGGUCAAAGUCCAUCACCAUCUGCACCAAGUCCUGCUGGUUUAGGUGCACCAUCAAGUAAUCAAAUGGUAGCAUCACCAGCAUUAGUUCCUUCGCCUAGCCCACAACAUGCUAUGAUGGCAGGAGCACAACGAUCUGUGGGCAUGGCACCAUCUCCUAGCAGUUCCUUAAACACUCCUGGAGGCGUAGGAGCUACUCCAAGCCCACAACAAGAAGAUCAAGCAUAUAGAGAUAAAGUUAGACAAUUAAGUAAAUAUGUAGAACCUCUACGAAGAAUGAUUGCUAAAAUGGGGAAUGAAGGAAACGUCGAUAAAUUAAGUAAAAUGAAGAAACUUUUAGAGAUUUUGUCAAAUCCUAGUAAACGAAUGCCUUUAGAUACAUUACUAAAAUGUGAAGUAGUUCUUGAAAAAUUAGAUUUUAAACGAAGUGAUGCUAGUGUUGGACCUCCAGUCACGACAUUAAAAGAACAUCAUUUCUUUAGCCCACUUUUAGAGGCAGUAAGCACUCAUCUUCAAAGUCCAGUGGUGAAUCAUACAUUGCAACGUACCUUUGGUCCGUGUCUAGAAGCUUUAUUUGGUCCAGAAAUAAAAAAUUUACCACCACCAUUAAAAAAACAAAAAAUAGAAGAAUCUCCUAGUGAAAUACCAGAUGUAUUACAAGGAGAAAUAGCUCGAUUAGAUCAACGAUUUAAGGUCAGUCUUGAUCCAGCACAACAAACUGGAUCAAAAUGUAUUCAAUUAAUAUGCUGGCUGGAUGAUCGUCAUCUUCCAUGUGUUCCUCCUGUAUCAGUAACUGUUCCUGCUGAUUAUCCAUUGACGCCUCCUCGUUGCGUAAUGGCACCACAUGAAUAUGCCACAACAUUUCUUUGUGCAGUUCAGAAAGCUUUAAAUGCGCGUAUCACAAAACUUCCUCGACGUUUUUCUGUAUCUCAGUUAUUAGACACUUGGGAAAUGAGUGUGAGGCAAGCUAGUGCACCUUCACAAAUUCCCAUUACUGCUAGUACUGUAUUAAUGGGCUUAUAG